UGCUUCUAUCAAUAACAAACUAAAACUUGUGUUCGGUAAUUGUUGUUGCUUGUCGUGCGUUCGACAUAUUUUUUUUCUCUUCUCUCUGUGUCGUUUUGCAAGCCAUUUUUUGUGUGUUUGGCAUCAAAACAACAUUUCGUCUCUGUGCUGCUUGUUGCCAUUUGAAAUUCAACUUCCAAGAGAAUUGAUAGCAUUUUUUUUAAAAUAAAAUCGUCGCCCGACUUUUUCCGCAAAAAUGAGUGUUGAAACGGAGGUAAUGGAUAUUCAGAAAAAGUUGGCGAAAAUGAGUUUGCCAGAUGGAACGGGUCAGGAGCAAGCGUUGGAUUUGUUAAAAGUGCUUCAAAAUCUAAACAUCGAUUUGAAUAUAUUGACAAAAACAAGGAUUGGCAUGACGGUGAAUGAAUUGCGUAAAUGCAGUAAAGACGAUGAGGUGAUCUCAUUGGCAAAAACGUUGAUAAAGAAUUGGAAGAAAUGUUUGGCACCGGCAAAAGAGUCAUCGUCAUCGGCAAACAGUGCAUCAAAGUCAAGUUCAAAGACAGCAUCAACGAAUGGUACUGCGGCAAAAAAAAGCGAAUCGAAAAAAGACGAACGGGAAAAGGAUCGUAGCAGUAGCGGUGGCAGUUCAAGCUUAAAACAAACCAGUUUCCCUCCAUCAAGUAGCACCAUGACCGAUGCGGUCCGUUUAAAGUGCCGUGAAAUGUUGGCCAAUGCCAUUAAAGUGGAUGGUGACACACCAGAAGGAUGUUCAUCAGCCGAGGAGCUGGCCGAAGAGCUGGAAGAUUGCAUUUAUGCCGAAUUCAACAACACUGACAUGCGAUACAAAAAUCGGGUUCGAUCGCGCAUGGCAAAUCUCAAGGAUGCAAAGAAUCCAGCACUUCGAACAAAUUUCAUCAGCGGUGCAGUUACCGCACAAAAAUUGGCCAAAAUGACACCCGAAGAAAUGGCCAGCGAUGAAAUGAAGAAGAUUCGUGAGAAAUUCGUAAAAGAGGCGAUCAAAGAUGCUCAACUGGCAACCGUUCAAGGCACCAAAACCGAUCUAUUGAAGUGUGGCAAGUGUAAAAAGCGAAAUUGUACAUAUAAUCAACUCCAAACACGAUCCGCCGAUGAACCGAUGACAACGUUUGUGAUGUGCAAUGAGUGCGGAAAUCGCUGGAAAUUCUGUUAGAAAGUAAACGCGAGAAAGUGGGGGGGUCAUUCAUCCAUAGAAAUAACAAUUAACACAAAAUAAAAUGAACACAAAACAAAUAUUCCUGUAGUACGUAUAUGUAUGAAGACCUAAUUCUUCUAUUCCACUGCUGAAUUUUAGCAUAUAAAUUUUUAAGUGUUGUAAGUCACUCUCUUUACUCGGAAAAUUAAAACUAAAUAAGAACAUUUCAAAAUAUUUGAAAAAAUAAAACAAACAAACAUAAAUUUCUUUAGCAAAACGGAAUGAAUGUAUCAAAUUGGAUGUUGUUAAACACGACACACGUAAAUCGUACAAAAUAUCUUUGAAAAACAAAAACAAAAAAUAAAUAAACGCUGCGUUGCAUUCAUUGAGGUUGAAUUACAUUUUA